AUGCGAUAUUUAUUGAUCUUCCUUGUCUUCCAAUCUUGCUCUUCGUUAUCGAACAGCGAAAAUGAACAAUGUACAAAGGAUUCUUGUUCAGCAUUAACUUCGUCAAACUAUUAUUUGUUGUAUGAUGUGAAUCACGGAGAAGGUUUUAAUCUUCGUCGAGAUGUUUAUGUUCGAAUGGCAAAUCUUGUACAUACACUUCGAGAACGAACUUCACCUGAAUCAAAUUGGACACUUGUGCUUCCACCUUGGGGUCCGCUGUAUCAUUGGUUUUCGUAUAAUUUGCAACGGGCUCAGCUUCCAUGGUCGUUGUUCUUCGAUUUAAAAAGUCUUGCUAAAUUCGUUCCAGUAAUUGAAUUUGAAGAGUUUCUUCGUUUAUCGUCACCUGUAUUGACUAUUCCUUACGUAUUUGCAUUGCAGCACUUCAAUGAAGGUUGGGGAGAAAAGUUCGAAGAAAAACUAGAAAUCCGCCAAUGUAACGACGAAGCUAUGUAUGAAAAACGAAGUGAUAAUUAUUAUCAUGGAUGGUUUUUUGGAUAUGAAGAUCGUGUGCGUGCGAAGCAAUUCGAUUGUCUGUCUGCUCAGGGUUUUGUUACAGUAUUAGUAGAUUAUGCUAUGAAAAAUUUGACAUGGUCACAAGAGAUAAACGACGAACAUCUGCUGAAAAGUGUUAUGUUUGAUCGCGCCGAAACAUUAUUACAUGUAGAUUAUGGUGGUUAUAAUUAUUGGCGAGCACGUCGAAGUAUGCGCUAUGCUCGACGAUUAAUCAAUCUUGGAAAUCGUUUUCGUAGUGAAUAUUUGAAUUCUACCGAUAUUCACGAUCGGACUUACCUUGUGGAUGAUUGGACGAGAGCGGAGUAUCUCUCUGAUCAAGCAUUGGGUGGACCAUAUCUUGGUAUUCAUUUACGUCGUCAGGAUUACGUCAAAGCACGUCCGGAAUAUGUUCCUUCGCUUGAGCAUGCUGCUCGACAAGUGUGUCAUCAGCUUCUCCAUUUGAAUCUAUCCAUAGCAUUUAUCGCGACUGAUGCAAAUGAGAAUGAGAUUGAUGAAGUUCGUCAACAUGCAUUUAAGAUAUGUCACAUAUCAACGGAUCAGAUAUUAACUUAUCGACCAGAUGGGAAAAUUCUCGAGAAGAUUUUAGAUGGUGGAAAAGCAAUUGUUGAUCAAUGGAUUUGUGCACAUGCACGUUAUUUCAUCGGAAGUUACGAAUCAACGUUCAGUUUUCGAAUACAAGAAGAUCGAGAAAUUCUCGGCUUUUCCAAAGAUUCAACUUUUAAUCGCUUAUGCGGUGAUAAUGAAGGACUUUCCUGUGAAAAGUCAACUGUUUGGCCGAUCGUCUAUUAA